AUGAAGAAGCGCGUGGCUACUCCGCUCCCGGCCUCCUCCUCUUCUGCUGGUGUGGACAAGAAGCAGCGCAUGUCCACAGCUAUACAGCUGUCACCCGCAGAGGAAAAGCUCUUCGCGUUCCUCUUGGACGUGGCCAGGCAGCCUGCAGCCAACGGCGCGGUCCUGCGAGUAGCUGGUGGGUGGGUACGUGACAAGCUCCUGGGACGAGACAGCGAUGACGUGGACAUUGUGCUCGACGUUAUGACCGGUCGGGCUUUUGCCGACCUCAUUAACGUGUACGAGACUGCUCAAGGUCGUCAAGCGCGAGCUGUUGGCGUGAUCAAGGCGAACCCGGAGCAGAGUAAGCACUUGGAGACCGCGACGAUGCAGAUGCGGGACAGCUUUGGAUGGGUGGACUUUGUCAAUCUCCGUGCCGAGACGUACGCUUCCGAGGACACUCGGAUUCCAACUGUGGCUUUUGGGACUCCUCAGCAGGACGCGGAGCGUCGCGACUUUACGAUCAACGCGUUGUUUUACAAUUUGGUGACGAAACAAGUUGAGGAUUUCACUGGACGAGGUGUUCAUGAUUUACAGACUCGACUGCUGCGGACGCCGUUGGACCCACGCGUGACGUUUCUGGAUGAUCCGCUGCGUGUGCUGCGUGCAGUGCGCUUCGCGUCGAGAUUCAAUUGCAUGCUAGAUGACGACUUGCGUGCGGCGGCGCAGAUGGACGAAGUGCGCGUGGCACUUGUGCGGAAAGUUAGUCGGGAACGAGUGGGCAAGGAGCUUUGUGCUAUGCUCACAGGGAGCGCAGCACAUCCUGAACGUGCUGUGCAGCUGCUGCAUGAACUCGGACUAUCUGAGAGCGUGUUCCUGCCCCCUGCUUUGCUCGAAAAGACGCCUGUUUGUCGCGCAGAUGGAAAAGCAGAGAACAUUGAUGAACACGCGUGGGGCCGUUCUUAUGCUUACGUGUCAGAGAUGUGCCAGUUGAUGAUGGCUUCAGGCGACGUGUUGGACGUCGAUAGUUUGACUUUGGAAAAGAAACAUGAGCUGCACGUGCGUAUUUUGGCGUGUGUAUUGCUGCCGUUCUGCGGACUCUGUGUGCUCGACAAGCGCCGUCGAUCGAUUGCUGCAUUCGUCGUUCAAGACGCGCUGAAGCUGCCUAAUCGAGAUGCUAAGGACGUGGAGAAUGUGCUGGCGCACGUUCGUCAGCUUCAGGCGCUUACAUGCAAAACGUUCAACCGGUUGGACUCAGGCCUUCUCAUUCGCAGUAUCGGUGCUCAGUGGGACAUCUGCUGCAAUGUGGCGCUUGUGCAGGAACUAGUAGACUCUGGACCGUUUUGUGAUUCUGCUGAUGCGCGGGCAACGGUAUCGAAGCGAUACGACACUUUUAUCUCGUAUAUUCUGGACUCUGGUUUAGAUAGCGCCUGGAAACUCAAGCCACUUCUCGAUGGCAACGAUCUCAUGAAGCAGCUUGGAGUGAAGCCAGGCCCGCAGGUAAAGGAGCUGCUGGACCGCGUUGUAGCAUGGCAACUGGUACACCCUGCAAAGACACGCGACGACUGUAUGCUGCACUUCAAGGCUUCAGUUGUCGAUGAGGCUCAAGGACCGUCUCCAAUCAAAUAG